CGGGAAAGUUUCCGGAAUGGCCGGUGCGAUCUUCCACGUGCCUGUAAUUCACCAAUUUACCGCUUCAGGCAAAUAUUGGACGAAGCAAGAUGUCGACCCCAUCACAGACUACCUGAACGACUGGCUGAAGAGGGAAGUAGCUGACAACGACCUCUUAAAACACGACUUCCACCCCUACCUGACGGCCAUGUCCCUCCGAGCGCCCGUGAGGCUGCUGUGGAUGGCUUCCGAGGAGCUUGGGUUGUCGGCGCCCACCAAGUACCGCGCCCUCGAGAUAUUUAAUAGGUUCAUCAAGGGGCACGCAGCUACCUUGGCUGGUCACGUGACAAGCACCACAAAGCCUGGACGAGAGAGAAGCCGACUCCUGGAGGAGGUGGCGAAGAGGGUGAGGCAGCAGGCGCCGCUGAGAGCCUUCACCUGCCUCAUGAUCGCAUCUAAGACUGUUAGUCACAAGAAGGUAUUGAGCGCCCAGCAGGUACAGGCGCUCCUGAAGAAGGUGGGCCGCGACUACACCGUCCCGUCCAUCAUGAGUUCCGAGAGGCGCAUCCUGGAGCAGAUCGAGUUCAGGUGCCUCAAAACCAGCUCGGUCCUGGACGUUGUAGGCCUAAUCGUGGCUGUAGUGUUGGUCUCAGGAAGCACGGACGGCAAACAUGUUCCAUUCAAGUCCGAGCAGCUGUACGAAGCGGCGGCUACGGUGCUGGACUUCGUGUUCCUGAAGCACGAGGAGGUGUAUUUGCAGCUAUAUGCUUCCGUUACCGACUCCAAAAUCAUUCCUCGGAAGCACAAAGCGGCCUUCAUGCCGGUCGUGCAAGACAGGCUGCUGCUGGCGGGGUCGGUCGUGAUGAGCGGCGCCUGGCUCGUGGGCGGCGAGGAACUGGUCGACUCUGUGGGCGGCUGCAUCGCCAGGCACGCGGAGACGCCCCUGGAGGACCUCGUCAGCCUGUCUUCGUGCAUCCUGUACCUGGCGGGGUGUUGCUCGUGGGACGCGGGGGGCGCAGAGGGAGGGGGCGAGGGCUCCGUCGUCGAGAUCGAGUCUGGUUGA